GCGAAGCCACCAUGAAUUCAGUGGCUGGAAAUAAGGAAAGGAUUGCGGUCACGGCGCGGAGCAGAAAAUACGGGGUGACCGACCCCUGCUCCCCCACCAAGCCCGCCGCCCCCUUCUCCCCCGAGAGCUGGUACCGGAAGGCGUACGAGGAGUCCCGGGCGGGCGGGCGCCCGGCGCCGGAGGGAGCUGGCUCUGCCCUGGGCUCCUCCGGCACCCCGUCCCCCGGCUCCGGCACCUCUUCSCCGGGCUCCUUCACCGGCUCUCCGGGACCCGCCUCGCCCGGCAUCGGCACCAGCUCCCCCGGCUCCCUGGGCGGCUCGCCGGGCUUCGGCACCGGCUCGCCGGGCUCCGGCAGCGGCGGCGGCUCCUCGCCGGGCUCGGACCGCGGCGUGUGGUGCGAGCACUGCAACGCCCGCCUGGCGGAGCUGAAGAGGCAGGCGCUGAAGCUCCUCAUCCCCGGGCCCGUCAGCAGCAAGGACCCAGGUUUCUCUUCGGUGAUUCACGAGAAGCUCCAGGUUCCCAAUACCAUCCGUAAGGCAUGGAAUGAGAAGGACAACAGAUGUGACGUUUGUGCCACGCACCUGAACCAGCUGAAGCAAGAGGCCAUUCAGAUGGUGCUGACCUUGGAGCAAGCUGCCAACUCAGAACAUUACAAUGCCUCCCCAGGCUCUCCCCCGCCUCUGUCCACUGUCCCCACGUUACUGAGUCCCCGGCACAUCGGCAGCCUGCAGCCCAGGGACUGGGCGUACGUGCCUGCUCCAUACACUCCCUCUAAUUAUACUGGCUUCGUUGCCAACAAGCACAGUGGGAAACCCAACAGUCUAGGAAUCGGCAAUGGGGUGGAGAAAAAAAUUGGCUCUCCUGGACACCAAGCCAAGGUCAGCUUUCAGAUGGCCACCAGCCCCAGCAAUGGCAACGUUCUCAACUCUGUGGCUAUCCAGGCCCACCAGUACCUUGAUGGCACCUGGUCUUUGUCAAGAACAAAUGGAGUCACUCUCUACCCCUACCAAAUAUCUCAGCUUGUGACAGACUCCAGUCGAGAGGGUCUGACUGAAGCAGCUCUGAACCGCUACAACGCAGAUAAACCCUCCCUGUACAGCUUCCCUGCUUCCCAGAGCACGUAUGUCGCCAGUGAGGUAUCCACAGGCACCUCGGUGGCAGCAUCGUUUUUUGCCAGAGCUGCUCAGAAAUUGAACCUGUCGUCCAAAAAGAAGAAGCACAGGCCUUCUGCCUCAUCUGUUCCUGAAUCUCCUCUCUUCUCUACCUGCUUCAGCAGUAUUCUGCAGACUUCGCCACCCCCUGCACCACCAUGUUUGUUGAGGGCAGUCAGCAAAGUGAAAGACACCCCUGGUUUGGGCAAGGUCAAAGUCAUGGUGCGCAUUUCUUCCACGCUUGCSAGAGACACGUCUGAGUCCAGCUCUUUCUUGAAAGUUGACCCCCGUAAGAAGCAAAUCACACUGUAUGACCCAUUGGCCUGUGGGGGUCAGAAUGCUUUCCAGAAGAGGGGCAGCCAGGUUCCCCCCAAGAUGUUUGCUUUUGAUGCCAUUUUCCCCCAAGAUGCAUCACAGGCUGAAGUAUGUGCUGGGACUGUGGCUGAGGUGAUCCAGUCUGUGGUCAAUGGGGCAGAUGGCUGCGUUUUCUGCUUUGGUCAUGCCAAGCUUGGGAAGUCAUACACCAUGAUUGGGAAGGAUGAUUCCAUGCAAAACCUUGGCAUAAUUCCUUGUGCCAUCUCGUGGCUCUUCAAGUUGAUUAAUGAGCGCAAGGAGAAGACAGGAGCGCGCUUCUCAGUCCGGAUUUCUGCAGUGGAAGUGUGGGGGAAAGAAGAAAAUCUGAGAGACCUGUUGUCAGAGGUGGCUACAGGCAGCCUGCAAGAUGGCCAGUCCCCAGGUGUCUACCUUUGUGAAGACCCCAUUUGUGGCAUGCAGCUGCAGAACCAGAGCGAGCUCCGCGCCCCCACGGCAGAGAAGGCCGCCUUCUUCCUGGAUGCCGCCAUCGCCUCCCGGCGCAGCAGCCAGCGGGACUGUGACGAGGAGGAUCACCGCAACUCCCACAUGCUCUUCACGCUGCACAUCUACCAGUACCGCAUGGAGAAGAGCGGCAAAGGCGGCAUGUCUGGAGGUCGCAGCCGCUUGCACCUUAUUGACCUGGGCAGCUGCGUCAAAGUGCUCAGCAAAAACCGCGAGGGAAGCUCCGGCCUCUGCCUGUCCUUGCCAGCGCUGGGCAAUGUCAUCCUCGCCCUUGUCAAUGGCAGCAAACACAUCCCGUACAAAGACAGCAAGCUGACCAUGUUGCUCCGAGAAUCCCUGGGGAACAUGAACUGCCGCACCACAAUGAUAGCUCACAUUUCAGCCGCUGCAGGGAACUACGCCGAGACGCUCUCCACCAUCCAGAUUGCCUCAAGGGUCCUCAGGAUGAAGAAAAAGAAAACUAAGUACACAUCGAGUUCUUCCGGAGGAGAGAGCUCUUGUGAGGAGGGCAGGAUGCGCAGGCCAACCCAGCUGAGGCCUUUCCAUUCUAGAAAUGCUGUUGACCCAGACUUCCCAAUUUUGCAUUUAUCAAGUGAUCCUGAUUAUUCAUCCAGCAGCGAGCAGUCGUGUGACACGGUGAUUUACGUUGGCCCCAAUGGCACUGCUCUUUCUGACAAGGAACUGACGGAUAAUGAGGGGCCCCCUGACUUUGUUCCCAUAGUUCCUGCUCUGCAAAAGACCAAAAAUGAGGGCAGGUUGGAGGAAGUCAGUGAAUCGGGGCCCAGCACAUCUGAAAGAGACUGCCUGAAGUGCAACACCUUUGCAGAGCUCCAAGAGAGGCUGGAUUGCAUAGAUGGCAGUGAAGAGACAGACAAAUUUCCCUUUGAAGAGAUGCCUGCUCAGUUUAGCUCAGACCAGAUGUCCAAGUGCACUGUCUCAAGCCAGCUGGCAGAGCUKAGCCACUUACCAGAGUCUGAUAAGGAAGAUACGGUGGCAGAAUGUCAGCAUCCUGACAGAGAUGCCAAGGAAAAUACAAACACAACACCCAGCAAAACUAGGAGAAAUCACUCCCCUGUUCCUUCAGGAGCUCUCACCAAUCUUUCAACUCCUUCUUCUCCCAGGAGUGUGACAGGCAGCUCUAGUAAAGAGCUUAACUCUUCUCAGUUAGCACACAGCACCAGCUUGCAGAGCAGCAGAGAAGGGCUCAACACCUGUGGAUUUGUGGAAGGCAAACCUCGGCCAAUGGGUUCACCCCGGCUUGGCAUUGCAAGCCUCUCGAAGACAUCUGAGUACAAGCCACCAACUUCUCCUUCCCAGAGGUGCAAGGUCUAUACCCAGAAAGGAGUCCUGCCCAGCUCCACUCCCCCUCCAGCUCCUCUGAGUAAGGAUGCUGCGAUGACAUCCAGUGAAUCGUUACUACAGCCAGAAAUCCGGACCCCACCUGUAGGCAUGAGCCCWCAGGUUAUGAAAAAGUCUGUCUCGUCCAGCAAUGGGGAUUUUGAAGAGUCCGUUCUCAAUGAAGACCAGCAACAAAGCAUUUCUCCAGAAUCCAAGAAGGAGAUUCUGAGCACCACCAUGGUGACAGUGCAGCAGCCAUUGGAGCUGAAYGGAGAAGACGAGCUGGUGUUCACCCUGGUGGAAGAGCUGACCAUUAGUGGUGUCCUGGACAAUGGGCGCCCGACCAGCAUCAUCAGCUUCAACAGUGACUGCUCUGUGCAGGCUUUGGCCUCUGGCUCUCGGCCGGUCAGUAUUAUCAGCAGCAUCUCCGAAGACCUGGAAUGUUACUCCGGUGCAGCUCCUGUGUCUGAAGUCAGCAUCACACAGUUUCUUCCGCUUCCAAAGCUGAGUCUGGACGACAAACCCCAAGAUGACGGCAGCAGACGCUCAUCYAUCAGCUCAUGGCUGAGUGAGAUGAGCACAGGGAGUGACGGUGAGCAGUCGUGCCACAGCUUCAUAGCCCAGGCGUGCUAUGGUCACGGGGAAGCCAUGGCAGAGCCCCCUGUCUCUGAGUUUGCAAGCACCAUACAAAGUGCCAGCAUGAUCUGUGUMGGUGACAAGCAGAAGGCGGUGACUGACAACAUGCUCAUACUGUCAGAAAUGGGGGAGGAAGCUUUUGGCAAGGUGUCACCCAUCAAAGGCUGUAAGAUAUCAGCUCUGGGGAAAACUACGGUCACAAUCAAGAACACGGCAAGCCUUAGCAGCUGCGAAGGCUACAUCCCAAUGAAGACGAACAUUACUGUGUAUCCAUGUAUUGCUGUUAAUUCCUUCAAAGCACAGGACACUGAUGAUGCUGUGCCGGCAGUAACUGCAGACCCAAAGGCUGCUCAUUCCCAUGACGGGAAAGAAUCAAUUGCUAAGAAGUUUAUCAAAUUUGAAGACCCUUGGCUGAAGAGAGAAGAAGAUGUCAAAAAGGACAGCUCUGGGAGCAGUGACGGGCCAAGGCUUGACACAGCUGCAGUUUCAGCCAAGCCUGAGCACAGCAUGAAGCCGUCCUCGGCAGACAGGUUUAGCACCAGCAGCGGGGACACCUCUAUCUCCCCGGGAUCGGACAGUCUGAAAAGGAUUGUGGAUGGAUGUGAGGUGGCAACAUCCASCUCUGCAACCCAAAGCCCUGUUCAUUCCAGUGAUGGCUUGAAGAAUUGUAGCCUCCCUCGAGGGCUCCCAAAGGCAGACAAGGUGGAGGAAUCUGACAGUCAUCUCCAUCUUACUCCUUCUGAGAGCAGUGGAGUCAGUUCUCCUGCCCUCCCUCAGUUUUCUAAGGCUAGUCUUGACAAGAAAAUGGCCUCUCCCAAACACUGCAUCCUCACUCGUCCCAAAGGGAACCCCCCUCUGCCACCUGUGAGAAAGUCAAGCUUGGAUCAGAAGAACAGAGCCAGCCCCCAGCACAGUGCAGCCAGCAGCACCACGAGCAGUCCCUCCAGCCAGCCUGUGUCCUUCCUGGCCAGCUUCCCCGAGGAGCAAAAUGCCAGGCAAAAAGGCCCUGGCAYUGACAGCAGCAUCAACAACAGCAGCAGCAAGCUCUUCAGUGCCAAGCUGGAGCAGCUCGCUAGUAGGACCAACUCUUUAGGGAGGUCCACAGGAAGCCACUACGAGUGUUUAUCACUGGAAAGAGCAGGAAGUCUGUCCUCUGUGAGCUCCAAAAUGAGCCCUGGCAGAGACACCACCAUGCCUAGGGCUGGAAGGAGCCUGAGCCGCAGUGCCAUGUCCUCGCCCACCAACUCGGGCCUCUCGCAGUCGGCAGGCGCCUCCCCAAAAGCCAGCCAGUCCAAGAUCUCCGCGGUCAGCAAGCUCCUGCUGGCCAGUCCCAAGGCCCGCAGCCUCUCUGCCUCUGCCACCAAAACGCUCAGCUUCUCCACCAAGUCUCUGCCUCAGUCGAUGGGGCAGAGCUCCAGCUUGCCCCCGAGCGGGAAGAACAUGUCGUGGUCAAUGCAGUCCCUCAGCAGAAGCCGGGGCUCCAGCCUUGCUUCCAAGCUGCCCCUUCGGGCUGUCAAUGGGCGGAUCUCGGAGCUGCUCCAAGGGAGCGCCAGUGCCAGAGGUGUGGGGCUGCGGGGUAGCACGGAGACAGAGGAGCGUGGGGCCCUUCCUGGAGAGGAGAAGCCAGCUGUCCACGUGUUGCCCUCACCCUACAGCAAAAUCACCCCUCCUCGGAAGCCUCACCGCUGCAGCAGUGGCCACGGGAGUGACAACAGCAGUGUCCUGAGCGGGGAGCUGCCCCCCGCCAUGGGGAAAACYGCCCUCUUCUACCACAGUGGCGGCAGCAGCGGCUACGAGAGCAUGAUGAGGGACAGCGAGGCCACCGGGAGCGCCUCCUCAGCGCAGGACUCCAUGAGCGAGAACAGCAGCUCUGCCAGCAGCAGGUGCCGCAGCCUCAAGACCCCAAAGAAACGAUUAAAYGCAGGCUCACAGAGACGGAGGGUGAUUCCAGCUUUGUCCCUGGACACCGCUUCCCCAGCAAGGAAGCCUGCCAACAGCCCCGGGGUGCGCUGGGUGGAUGGGCCGCUGCGGAGUGGGCAGAGGGGGCUGGGGGAGCCCUUUGAGAUCAAAGUCUAUGAGAUUGAUGAUGUGGAGCGGCUCCAGCGACGGCGAGGUGGCGACAGCAAGGAGGUGAUAUGUUUCAAUGCCAAACUGAAAAUCCUGGAGCAUCGCCAGCAGAGAAUUGCUGAGGUCAAGGCCAAGUAUGAGUGGUUAAUGAGAGAACUGGAGGUGACCAAGCAGUACCUGAUGCUGGAUCCUAAUAAGUGGCUCAGUGAAUUUGAUCUGGAGCAGGUAUUUGAGCUGGAUUCUCUUGAAUACCUGGAGGCCCUGGAAUGUGUGACUGAGCGUUUGGAAAACCGUGUCAACUUCUGCAAGGCCCAUCUCAUGAUGAUCACCUGUUUYGACAUCACCUCUAGACGCCGAUAAAGUAUAAAUGAACCUCAAAAGAAUUUCAGUGUGCAUCUCUGCCAUCCUCCUUUUCCCUUCCAAACAGCAUCCCAAAGACAAAAGAAUGAGGAUGAAGGUUGGAGUCAAGUCUCAGCUGUGUGUAUGAGAGAUUUGCUAUACUAUCCAGAGGAGUAGUAUUAAAAAAACUACUAAAAGCAUGGAAAAUGGAGGUAGAAGGUUGUUGAUACUCUUAGCCUAAAAGAGCACUUUGCGAAACCUUUUAAGGACACAUCUGUAAAUAAGAACUGCUGGCAGAAGACACUUCUUUCCCUGCAUUAGCUGAGGAAGGAGGAAAGGUGGUUGUGGGACUUCCAUUGAGAGAUUCAUUAAAAAAAAAAAAAAAAAAACCUAUCCAGAAAAACUGUUUAAGUGCCUUGCAAAUCUUUGUUAUCCAAACAUUUAUGUUCAUACUUUAUUGUGUACAGAUGGUGCUAGUCAAGAAAAGAAAAAGAAAAAAAAAAACAAAUACACUUUUGAAAUGUAUUUACAGCUUGUUUUUCUCUUGGUGUUUUCUCCUAUUUCAGWCUUGCUGUUUCUAAGUAACUUGUGUUUGUAGAAAUAUUUCCUAAUCAGUACAACAUAUGAAUAAAUGUUAACUGUCUUUUCUUGUUACCAGAGUAAGGCCACUCAAAGAGAAACUCAGCUUUCCCCAAUGACACAAACAUUUCUAGCAGAGAGUAAAGUUUGUUUAAAUACUCUUCUGUACUCUCUUAUAUGCUGGAGAAUACAGUCAUUUUCCAAGCCUGUAGGUUUUGCAAUGUAUGAGAGRGAAGUGACAUUUCUGUGAAGUAAAUAUCUUUUCAAUUUGAACCAACCCCYAUAACUUGUUUUCUUKUUCAUGUAAAUUUUGCYUCAUAYGGGCUGGAGUUAUAAAUGAGGAGGUACUUUUAUCUUAACCCUUUUUUCUGGUGCUAAUAACUUGCUGGAAAAUUACCCUUUAGGCCAAGGGUUCCCAUGUUUAUCAGUCAAAAAAUGAGUGCUUUAUUCUUUCUUUCUUUCUUGAGACUAUGGCUGAUAAAAUUUAGCUUUGCCUCUUUAUGACAUAUACCACUGCAAAACAUCAUUUGUCAGCUUCUGAUCCCUGGCCCAGUGUAUCCACACUCCCAGAUGUGCCUGAGAMGUGCAGGCUCUGCUUAGCUCAGCACAUCUGGAAAUAAAGCAAAUGAGCAGAUACAGCACUUCAAGCAUGUUGGCUUUACUAAUCUUCAGUACCUGAAGCYGUGGCAAAAUUCAUGUUGACAUCAAAAGGACAAGGGUCUGCACCUCCAUGGGCAUCCACAUAUUCUAUGAGUUUGCCUCUUUAUGCACUAAACAGUAUGUGGGAAGGAACAUCCUUUGUAUUUCAUAAACAAAAAGGCAAAAUCUGCAUUUUAAUUACAUAUGAGAAUGAAGAGAAUUCUUUUGUYGAAUUAGGUUUCUUAGUCCUCUAUAAUGAAAUGAGCACAUUCACAAAAACUCUCCUCUCACAUACACUUGUGCUACCCUCCUGUUGCUUAGGAGGAAAUAAGACCCUCAUUUAAUAUACUCAAAAUGCAUCAAUUAACUGCUGUACUUAAGUGUAACUCUUCUUUUACCUGCACCAUCGUAUCAAUGCUGUCUUACAAUCUCAAGCAGAAAGUCCCAGUGGAAAAUAAUGGUGGUAGAUUUUCUACUGAUUAGGUGAAAAAAAAAGUUUUUUUGAAGGGUAGAAAUCACAUUUGUAUAAUUUUCUUUUCUUUUAGUGCUCUACAACCUGUAAUAACAAAUGUUAUUCAUUCUAUUACCCUGGUCAUUGGAUUUUGUAGAAGAUUCUUCUUAAAAUCUAUAGAGUUAUUUGAAGGGAGAAAAAAGGUCCUAUGUGAAAAUCACUUUCUAGUCUGUUCCGCAGCAAUUUCCUAAGUUAUAUUUCAAGUAAAUAUUAAAGAUAUAUCCCCUUCUCUCUCAAGAUUAAAAAAAAAAAAAAAAMMAACAAAAAAUCCUCUGAAAAUCCCRCCAAACAAUGCAAUUUAUCUGACUUCCUUCUCUCUUUAACAAUUUCAGUAGCACUUGCUAUGUGUUGGUUCUUUGGAGGCCAUCCAUACUCUGCAGAGCCSCAUGGACUGAGUACAGCUGCACAGAGCCAAGGAAAUGGCUGCACACAGUCUGGGACUURCACGGGAGGGGUGAUGUUUCUGUAAAUCAAGUGGACACAUUUCAGAGCCAUUGUAAAAUGCCUGUUUCAUGUAAUAUUCUUCACUAUCAUUAACUCAAUUAUUCAUUGACUCUCAAUUUGGUAUUUCUGCAGGUUAGGAGGCAUAGCAAAAAGCAUGUGUACCUAGCAAUUAUCUCCAAGAGUAAGAGGAUAUGUUCACCCUGUUUAUCAUGAKGGACCAAAAUGGAUUCCUGAAACCAAACUGAUUAUAUAUACAUAAAGGAUGAAUUUUGCAUACAAAARAUUAUGUACUCCUUGAGCAGAAUCAUGGUACUUACAGAUACCUUUUUUUCUGAGGACCUAAUUAGAGUAGCCAUUAACACUCUCAUUAUCUACUAGUAUUCAUGCCCUAAAAUCCAUACUCAUCUUCCAUUUCUUGACUUUCCGUCAUUGCAUUCCAGAAUUUGCCACUAUGUUUUUAAGAAUUGUGGUGGCUUAAUGCAAAAAAAAGGAAUGAAAAAUUAGUGAAGAUUUGACAACUAUAGAAUGUUUUUUUUUUCUUCUUGAAAAUAGCUUUCCACUUCAGAAUUAAUAUCAUUAUAGUUCAAAUAUCUGCAAAACAAAUAAAUCAAAGCAUCAGGACUUUAUUAUGAAAUUGAUCUUGGUUUGCAGUAGCCAGCAUUUUACAGAAGACCCAUACUCUCCUGCAAGUCAUCCAGGAAGUCCCAUUCUUCAAGUAAUUCCUAGCAUAAUGCCUAAUCAUUUGCACAUUCAGAAAUCAAUCUUUCUUCCCUGGGACAGCUUUAGCAGGAAACAKCAGUGUUAAUGUAAUUAGGUUUGAAGGUUAAUUCUUUGUUCGCACGUGUGACAGGAGAUCAUGGCUCUUCAUUGUCGGACUGUGGAACACCAGCACUGCUCCACAUCCCCACCGGGGGCUCUGUCUGAGUGCUGCUCCACUUGGCACACAUGAACCUUAUUCAUACAAGGGACAGGAGUUGCUUUAUAGCCACAAAUUCGAGUGUAACCUCAGGCUGGUGACUGUGGCUGUGCUGUGGAUUCAGGUCUGUGUGAGCCCUUGCAGCGGGCAGAAGCUGCUCUGGCUCCUGGUGCUGGGUCAGUUUGUGCUCUGAAGGGAGUGGGAGAGCCCUAACUCGUGGUAUAUUUGUCACACAUCUUUCUUUUGCAAUGCAUGCCUUGCAUUUACCUCAAAAUGAUUCCUUGUCAAUUUGUUCAGAUCCAAGUAAUCCAAAGUAUUGCUUUACCAAAAGACAAGGAAGCAAACAAACACUUUYCUUUCUUAGGUCUUUACUGGUCCCUUCUCAUCUGCUCUGAUAAAACUGAGGCACAGCUGCAUUAAGAAUUGGAAGAGUUACAGCAGAGAAAACCCAGUGGUGAGGAAAAUUCGUCCACCUGCCUUUUUUUUUUGUUUUGGUAUUUAGUGUUAGUUAUAUGGUAGAAAAACAUGUUCCUCUUACCCAUUUGACACCCCCUCAUUUUGUUAAGAGCCACACACAGGGCUGUUCUGAUMUGUCUUCGAUCCAGUCUUGGAAUACCCACUGCCACAAAACCUAGCUUCUGAAACUUGCAGGUCCGUAAAACAGURGCUGGUAACAAGCAAUGUCAUGAUCCUCUGACAUGAAGCAAGCUAAGUGAGAGCUGCAGAAAAUGUACAAAAAAUGGAUCAAAGAUACACUCUGGCAUUUUUUGCUUUCAUCGCUAAAUGUGGCAAUUACAGAAGCUGAAAGCUGGGAGUGAUGCUGGGAAUAAUACACACCAAAUCCCAUGUUUGCUCACAGGAUAGACUCAGUCUGUCUUGAAGUCUGGGUUUUAUUUUUUCACUUUUUCCAUUUAUCUCAAUUAUUUGAUAAUGAGACUUGUCUUAAAAUAAGGAUUAUUACCUGUGCCAUGGAAUUCAAAUGUGAUGACAGUUCUGAAGAAUGUUGGGUUUUUUGACAAAAAUCAGCUUUUACAAAUUUCUGUGGUUUUGUUGCAUCUUUUUUUAUGAGCUAAAAAUCGUAAAAACAAAAGGUGUACACACAGAGAUAAAUGCACRUGCACAAAGCCUGAGACACAUUGUGGGGAGAUGGCAUAGCUGUUCACAAAUGGCAACACCACCACUCCCCUUUCCUCUUCCAAGGAGUGCCUACAAAACCAUUCUCCUUGCACUCACCUGGAUGAAGUCUACUCAUGCCACACUACAGGGAAAACUUAUGCUUGAAACUCUUUCAAGGGCUUCUUUGAAAAGUCUUUUCUUACCCAGGAUCUUCAGGUUACAUAGCCAAAUCGCUGUAGUUCCCACACACCUGAUGUUAAAGCCUAUAAAAGUAUUCCUGAUUAACUACUCUAUAUUUCAGAGUGUAGUGAAUUUGAGGCAAGGUGUUUUACAAUCUCAGCUCUUGAACACAACAAUUUCUGCAUAUGCUUGAGGCAUACGGCAUAGCCACAUCAGCUGAGAGCCUGGACUCUUGGUGGUCUGUGAAGCUUUCUGUCUAGUCCUAACAGAUUUUAAAUUGUAAAUUGAAGCUUCUGCCUUGCAKAAGCAAAUUCAGUUCUCCUAAGCCAAAGGCUGAGUGAUUUCUGAUGCCAGUUCAUAGGAUGGGAGGGAUGGUUGCACAGCAUCAGGGAUGCCCCAGCUCUCUGCAUUGGUACCAUUAAACACUGACAGGAGUGGAUGAUGACCAUACAGAGAGGCAUUUUUCCUCAAACCCACAGAUGGUGGCCUACCUUGCUUAAUCCUGAUGUCCUCRUGGUCUUUGUUUUGUAGCUCCACAGGCUUUUGCACUGGCAACACACAGCAGUUUUUGAAGACACAGGGCUGGCUGUUGCCAGCUACCCUAAGAUUUGAAAGAKGUUUCCAAAUAACACAGCAAACAAAACUGUGAAUGAUUUGUCAAUGCAAAGUUAAUAAUCAGUCUCCCUCUYUUGUGUUUAUUGUGCACUCAUCCCAGGGUUAUCUGAGCUUCCAUACCUGCUCUUGGAAAUAAUAAACCAUUUUAUUAUUGUCUUUAUCUUUUCUUCUUUCUCCUUCUCAAGCAACCUUUGAAAAAAAAAUUUCCUUUGGAAAUGUAGCACCCUUUUGCCACCAAUUUCAUGAACAGCAAUCUCGUGCUUACUUAAGCARCAUUUUGAAGCUCACAAAGAGCAUGAUGAUUCUGCAAAGAAUGGAGAUGCUGAAAAUGAAAUAGUAGCAUUCAGUAGCAUUCAUUUCAAACUACCUUCAAACCGUCCUGGAAAGGAAAUAAAACACAACCCAAACCAUCUUACUUUGAGUGGUCCUACUUAAGUAUUGAGCAAACUUUAUAAUAAUGGUAAUAAAUUGGUGCUUGAGGCAGUUUCAGCUAUAUUACAUAUUCUAUAUAUGCUAUAGAUAUGGAUGUAUUCACCCUAUUGUAUAUGUAUGUGUGUGUUUUCACGUAGCACACAUACAUAUAUGUUGUAUGUAUGCAUAGAUACUAACUUUUCUACAUUUUACUUCUUUCCCUCCCAUAGCUGAAACUGCUGGUUACUAACAUCCACAUCCACAUCAUAUUCUAUGUAUGAAGGAUAUAAUUUAUUUGUAAACUCAGGAUGUUCUUGUUUUAUAGAGUUGCGUGUAUUUUAUAAUUUAUUUACACAUCAUGGUUGGAAAUGCUUAUCUAAGUGCUAUGCAUUGAAGUGUAUGUUUGCUAAAUCCAUUUCACUCUGUCCGUGGCUAUGUUCUUUCUCAUACAGUGGUAUACUACAGUGAUAUAAAAUAGGGCUAAGGAGGAGAGAAACUGAUGGAUAUAAAAUUUAUGCUGGUCCCAUCAGAGGGUAAUUCCAGAAAAGGAUGUAUCAGUAGUAUAAAUAUAUMUAUAUUUUAUCAACUAAAUUUUAUGGGGGAAAAAAAGAAAGAACAGCAUGAGGACAAGUUUAAAAAUGUGGAGAGUCACAGCCAUUUUCAAGUUUGUCAACAAAUGCAUUGAACCUUUUGCCAUUAAAAUUGUAAAGUUUAUUGUUUGCUGGCUAAAAAAUAUCCCUUUUGUGGUAUCUGAGGUGUGAAACAUUGUCAAAAAUAUGAUGUCUGGAAAAAGAAAAUCAAACUAUAGUGGCAUUAAAUGUUUACUUUUAUCUUACCAAUAUA